AUGAUGAAGCUCUAUGCUCCCUUCAGCGAGCAGCAGGCGUGGUCUUACAUUCGUCAGCACAUGAACGACCCCAUGAGCCGUGCUUGUCUCAUCUCUCGUACCAUGAUCGAUCUUCUUAUCAAUCGGAUCUUCACUUUCGAGGCCUGGGAGGGUUUCUCUGUUGAUGCUGAUCGCCAGCUGCGUGAGAUUCGCCACGAGAUGAACAAUCUCCCUGCGGGUCAAGGUGGUGCUCUUCAGCUGUGUAUUGAUCGAGUUGCGUCCCUGGUUAACUCUUGCAUCAACCAUGAGCGCUACGACGCCUACCGCAACCACCGGAUCGAGUACUUCCAGGCUGAGCUCCGCGAGAUGCUCUCGCCGCUCUUGCUGCCCGAGUCUGAAGGCGGUCCCGACCUCGAGAGGGCCGACGAGGCGCUUUGCCAGAUGUGCGAGAAGGCAUGGUCCAUCUCGGCGAAGAUGUUUACCUCGCGAUGGACUUUCGAGUUCCGCUUUCCCGAUACGGAGCGCGCUUCAACACUGGAACCAUGGUUGGAAUCGCGCCCAACAUUGGUCCGCAGCUUCUCCAGGCUGAGCAUUGGCGCGUGCAGCUUGUGGUUACCCCCGUCAUCACCGUCCGCAAUGAUACGGGUACUUCCAUCUCAGUUGCCUCAAUCACCAGCGCUCACGUCAUCUGCAUGA